AUGUCAGGACCCGCUUCAACGGAUGAUGAACUCCUCGCCCGCCUCAAUGCUCUCAAGAAGUCGUCUGUUAGCCUAGAUCCUAGUUACAGCUUCUCUGUCGCUACUUCAGAUCGGACAAAGGCUACAGAUGAUCUUGCCGCCCGGUUCGCACGUCAUGGCUCACCUUCGCCGUCAAAUUCGCCUCAGCCUUCACGGACUACGUCUAUCAACAAUGUUGCGCCAGUCAUGGCACCAGGUCCUUCCAGCUACCUUGAGGGUAUAGCUCAGGGAGUUGGAGGCAGUGAUGUUGAGUUUAACGAGGAAGAUGAGAAGACCCUUCAAGAGCUACUUGGUGAGCUAAAUGGUACAGUGGGAGAUAGGAAAGAAUGGGACAUCAGUGGGAAGGAGCAGGCAGAUGUGGGCAGAUUAUUGAAAGACAUGAAGAAGAUUCUCCCAGAGGUUGUCAACAGUAGAAUACAAGAGGUAGCGCAUGGACAGGCAGCCAGAAGCGAAGGCGCCAAAGAAGAGCUCACAGAUUGGGAAAGCAUCGAGGUCAACGCUGCUGGCGGAACCGUGAAUGCGCAGAAGGAAGACACGGACGACGAAGACGAUGAGGAUGACAAGAAAAAGACCGAGGAUGAUGAAGCUGAAGAUGUGAUUGCAAAAGUGAUGGCCGAGUUGGAAAUCAGCAGGAAGUACGAUCCUCCAUCGCCUCCAUCGGAAGAUGACGACUCGAGAGCCCAACAGAACAACUCUGGUGCCGAUAGUUCAGUUGGCAGCCUCACUCUCCCAUCAGCACCCAAGGAUCUUGCUGAUAAUGAUUUUGAACGCACGCAAGCUUUUGAAGACGCAUUUACUGCACGCCUAGCUGCUCUUUCUGCGCCGUCACCAUCGCAAACCGACUCACUUGGUCUCCCGUCCGCACCGUCAUUUGCGCCUCGGAAAAAACCUGCAUUCUCAUCCAAUCUACAAGAACGUUUAGACGAGGAAAUCGACACAUGGUGUAUCAUCUGCCAGGAUGAUGCUACGCUACGAUGCAUUGGGUGCGACAACGACCUCUAUUGCCAGAACUGCUGGAUGGAGGGUCACAAGGGAGAGAGCGCUGGCUUCGAGGAACGGCGACACAAGGCUGUCCUAUUCGUUAAGAAGAAGCCACAAGCUACUCUUCCGUGCAGUUGA